AUGGAUACUACCGGUGACUAUGCCUGGAUAAUGGCUUCCACGGCCUUGGUGUUCAUGAUGGUGCCCGGAAUUGCGCUCUUCUACUCCGGACUGCGAAGUCAAACCACAGCCCUGUCUUUGAUAUGGCUGAGCAUGAUGGCCGUCUCAGUCGUGAGCAUACAAUGGUUCCUUUUUGGAUAUUCGCUGGUGUUCAGCCAGACAUCGACAAGCGGAUUUAUCGGUAACUUCGAGUAUGCUCUGUUCUUGAAUAUGGACAAGGACGAUGCCUUUGCCGGCACACGAGGACAUGACACGCCGGCGAUGGUAUUUGGAUUGUUCCAAGGGAUGUUCGCAGCAUUUACCAUCGCCCUCGUCACAGGCGUGGUUGCAGAAAAAGGCCGACUCUUCCCCUUCCUCAUCUUCUCCUUCUUUUGGACCUCCCUCGUCUACGAUCCGAUCGCAUACUGGCUCUGGAACUCACAAGGCUGGGGAAAUUCCAUGGGCGGGCUUGACUGGGCAGGAGGAACUCCCGUGCAUAUAUGCUCAGGCGCUGCGACUCUGGCAUACACCGUCGUGUUGAAAUACAUCCGAGUCACUACCGACGACACGCACAGUAUAACCAGCAUCUCGCGCGACGUAGGUAGCUGGAAGAAAUACCUAUUUUCGCGGGCACAGCGCAGAGAGCGGUUGCCCUCGGGACCGACUGCGCUGGAAGCCGGACUUGAGAGCCAUAACAUGACGAAUGCGAUGCUGGGAAUGCUGCUGGUGUGGUUCGGGUGGUUUGGGUUCAAUGCUGGGUCGGAGUUGAAGGCUAAUAUGCGUGCGGUGUCGACGUUCAUCGCGACAAAUCUUGCGGCUUGUAGUGGAGGUGUUGCGUAUACCCUGCUCGAGCGUAUGGCGGGGCAGAAGUGGUCUGGUCUAGGCUUUUGUACCGGGGCUUUUGCUGGGCUAGUGGCUAUCACUCCUGGAGCAGGAUAUGUCCCGCCAUGGGCAGCACUCAUCUUUGGCUCUACAGCCGCAGCAGUUGUCUUCGGCUUCGAAGCCAUUAAGUGGCUGGAGGAUUUCCUGGAGGAGCCACUACAUAUCACGAUCAUUCAUGGCGUGGGUGGACUGUGGGGCAUGUUUCUCACAGGCAUAUUUGCAGAUUCACAUUUGGGGGAUCUUGAUAACUCCCAUUUUCCUGGUGGUGCAAUCUCAGGGAAGGGGAAGCAGAUUCGAAUCCAGCUAGCCGGCGGAUUCGGAGGCUUUUUCUACUCCUUCUUCGCAACGCUGGGUCUCCUUAUUAUCAUGCAGUUUCUAUCUAUAUACUUCCCUAGCCUAGAGCUGAGGGCUAGAUCAAGGAGGGGUGCGCUGGUAAAUCUAGACGAGGAAGAGUUGGAGGAUACCGGUGCUUAUCGCCUAACAUGCCACCACCACCCUUUAACUGCCGACCCCUACGCCUCCCGCCCCGGCUCCGCUAUCUACACCGGCCGCCCCUCACUCUCCCCUUCCCUCCAAAACCAGCCACAGUCGCAUCGUCAUCACUUGCAACACCAGCAGUAUAUAGAGAUGGACGGCCAUUCGCCGACAUCGUUCUCGCACUCGCAGUAUCAUGGGAUGAGUCCUCAGAAUACGAGGACGAGGAGUGAUGUGGGGAUGCCAGCGAGGAUAGGGCAGGUUGCGUAUGAUAGUGGAGGCAGCAGAGGGAGUAGGGGAAGUGGAAGUCGGUAG